GUAUUGAACGAAAAUUAAAAACAAGAUGGCUGCCGCUUUGUUGAUGUUUCAGAGCAAAAUCUCCGACAAAGCUCGAGCGUCCUGUCAUUGGAGAAUUGGAAGUAUUAAAGAGUUAGGGUUUCUUCUCUCACUUCCAAAUGUGUCAACAUGCUGCCUGGUCUAUGACAUGAAGGCAUCACGAACUAGAUUCUGAUUUCAGUUUGGACUGGAACCUAAGACCUUCAUCUUAUAAACUGAUUACACUACAACAUAUCUAAGUCAUCAUUUCCUAAUGCCUAGUAACUUUUGUUGCAGGGAUAUCUUUGCAUCUUUUAAAUCCAAUGUACUAUCCUCGUUUGUCCCCAUUUAUCAUUGUCCUAAUAACUUAAACUACAAGAAACACCUUUGGAUUAAUAUGAUAGACCUCUUGAUUGCAUGACUGGUGUCAUGGAGUUUUUAGACAUACAUUUACUAAGUAGGUCGAAACCGUACAAUGAAUCCAUGACCCACAUUUUGGACCCCGACGUCAUGAUAGCUCACAAGGUUUUCGUUGGUGUUGCUUUGGUGUACUGUCCCCUCAUUACCUUCUGUAGCUUCCUCGUCUUUUGCGGGACCUUGAUGUACCCUGGGAGCUCAAUGAACAAUCAGUCCUACCUCCUCCUUAGCCUUUCAGCGGCGGAUUUUUUGAUGGGUUCAUUUAGCAUACCUAUGUAUAUUUUGACCUACCUGCCCCACACCAGAGAGACUAUUUUCAAGAAUAAGUACGCGUGUCUCACUUGGUUUGCUUCUGCGGAGAUGGCAGCAGGGUCGUCGAUAGGGUCCCUCCUUUGCAUCUCAGUUGAUCGCUACGUCGCCGUGGUGUUCCCGCUGCACUAUCACACGCUGGUGACCGAGGAGCGCUGCAUCGCGGUGCUGGUUUUGCUCUGGACUGUGGUCAUCGUGGUGGCGUUCGUCCCCAUGCUGGGCUGGAACACCUACGACCCGCAGCUCUACCCACUGACGCACAGGUGCAGCUUCUACCGCACGCUGCCCCAUAACUACAUCGUGUGGGUGUCCUUUGGCAGCGUCUCCUUCAUCGUCCUCUCCUGCGCGCUCAUGUACGCACACAUCCUGUCCAUUUCUUACAGGCAAAUGAAGCUCUCGGAGCGGCGAGCCUCUCUGGUGCCAGCACAAAACAGACAACUCAAAAUGCGGAUCUAUUCGGUGAAGAUCACGUCCCUCCUCGUGAUCAUAUUCAUCGUGCUUUGGCUCCCCAUCGUUUUGACGGCGCCCUUGAAGUAUUACCAACUGUUCUCCCCGAAAGUGUUUGAAAUUCUUCAGGUCGUCUCCCAGCUUUUUUACUUCAGUAACUCCUUGGUGAACGCUCCUAUCUACUCCAUGCUGCGCUCAGAGUACAGGGAGGUUUACAAAGUCAUGCUCUUGACGGUGCCCUGCAGGUGGAAAAGCAUCUUAAGGGAUUUGUACCGGACCAACCACGCCAGCGUAUACUACCCGACAGAGCCACGUCUCACCACAGCAUCUUCACCAGUUGACUACUCCGAAGAGACUCUUGCACCGGAAAAAUUCCAAAGCAUCUCGGAAGAACGUGCCUCGAAAAUUCAAAUCCUGAACGCUAGGAACAGUGUUCUCAAAAAAAGUGUGACGUUAAUAUCCAAACAAAAUGGAAAAGAAAGCCAAGAGUGUGGAACGAAUGGAACUUGGGUUUAAGACAAACAAUUAACUGUGUCAGAAUGGGGGAAUAAAAAGCUUUGUGAUAAAUUCCUUAUAAAGACAUUAUAGAAUAAUGAACUGAACACCAUAUACAUAACUUUCAACAGACGCUUUGUUUUUUCUAGUCAGAGUAUAGCUGAGUAAACUUGUGUUGUAAUAUCUUAAUAGCUUUAAGUAGGACAACGGAAUACCUACGCAAAUCAAUUAUACGGGAUCAGGACAGAAACUCAACCCGUUUUUACAAGUAAAGUUGGGGAGCCAAGUAUAUAAAUGGAGAUGUGCAUAAAGCAGGAAUAAAAGACAGUUGUUUUUCCUUUAUUCUAACAUAUCCAUUAAUAUCUUGGACAAACCAUAGUAUUUUAUUUAAAUUAGUAUUAACUACUUUUUAAAAAAAAUAUAUUCCUUUUAUGUACUAUUUGUUUUUUAUUGUCAUCUGCCUAUAUAUUCACCGGGUAUGUUUCUAGUAUCUAAUGAUAACAUCCUAUAAGGAGAUUCCUUGACAGUCAUCAUCAUCAAAUUUCAUUGCAGUAAGAUCUGGAGAGUCUCGAAUCCUUUAAAGCCCGGAACAGAUACAAUGUUUUUGGGGGCAAGUCGACAAGGAAAUCCGCUUGUCUUGAGUUCCGUUGGCAACAAAAAUACCAGACAAGGUUUCCCCUUGCACAUCGUGGCGGGUACACCGCGAGUCGAAGUUUGACACUACGUGCAUGAACCAUGAACCAAUAGGACACUGGGGCUCGUCCUACAUUGAGUUAUAAUAGCUUGCUCAGGCCUGGGAGACCUUCGCCUUGGGGAGGCGCGGCCUUUUGUGCUCCUAUCAGAGGCGGCCUUAGCAGGGCCACGGAUAUUAGUACGAAGGGCUGAUAAAGUAAGUAAAGUUCCCGUUUCAGACAUUCAGACCUUGUGGUCUAUAGGGCAGAUCAUUUAAAGGCCAUCUGUUUUUGUGGCCUACGGUUAACGAGGGUGUCGUGUGGCCAGCACACCAACCAACCGCCUUUACUUUUCCCCAACUAAUGUCAGGUACCCAUUAGAGCUGAGUGGACUCAGAGGCGCCCGAAGAUCCGGAAAUUAAAACUCCUAAUCUUCACCAGGAUUCGAACCCCCAGACCCGGUUAGAAAGCCAAGCGCUUUACCUCUCAGCCAUGAUGGGCUGAUGGUGACAAAAUGUUAUCUUUAUCGCUGGGCCCACUAUAGGCCGGGGCAUAGUCGGACGCCCUACGUCACCCCCUAUGGCCGCCUCUGCUUGUAGCCUUUCCAGUCUAUUUGGAACUUGUCCCAGCACUCAUACCAUUAUUUCAUUGCUCUCGUCUGCAGUGUCUUCCACUAGUGCACUACUUGUGACAAUGUGUAGAGGAUGCCAGAAAUAAAAAGUUUUGUUUCUUCAAGUCUCUCUCAAACAUUACAUGUGAAGUUUACUUUUGUGACUUGGAUGUUAUUACUUCAUUCUCUUGUAUCUGUUUUUAUCAUCAUUGACUCUAAAUUUUCGCUUGUAGUUAGAAUGGUGAAAGUGUUGUCCUAAAAGUUUAUUGUGUUGUCUGUAAAAAAUCUAUUCAGCUACUUCCUCAUCUAAACAUAAACAUAGUGUUCACCAAUCCCAAGUUUUCUUACUUGUGCUCUAUUCAGCUGUGUAUCUUUAAAAGGGAGACCAUCGCAUUGUACAAUUACAUUACCUCUCUACGGUAUAAAUCUAUUUUAAGAUAAUCAUUUAUUCCGAUAUCGUUUCAAAAUAAUAUAAAGGAGUCAGAGGGGUGGGCUCGCAAAUAAUGUUUGCAACAGAAAUAGGAAAAAGGAUGAAAAAGCUGCAGCAGUUAGGUGAUCAAAAAUGACUGAUGUUACCAUGGAUGUGUAUCUAGAAUCGGCCUUUUUUGUCACGAAUUAGAAAUGCAUGUAACACCAUGGCAUCGGAAUCUAAUACAUUGGAAAACAUUUUAAAAAAUGUACUCUGAAAUGUCAGUGAAUACA